UCCCCAAGUGCAGGCACAGCCCCCUGGAGCCAUGGCCAGCCCUUCUGGCAGCUCCGAAGACUCGGCCAAGCUCCGAGGCAGGGAUGGCCGGCAGAGGCGGGAGGAGGAGGAUGCCCCUCCGGAGGAGAAGAGAUUGAAGCUGGGGCUGGAGGGAGGAAGCGCAGCACAGGAGGAAGAAGACGCGCCACGUCUGGGCAGGGAAGAGACCGGCACCCAGACAGGUGGUGAAGGCAGAGGUGACCACAAAUGUGAGAGCUCAGCCCUCCUCUCCGGUGCCAGGAUCAGUCCUCAAGACUCAGUUUUGGGCCCCUGGGAUGCAGGACUGAGGAAGGUGCCAGGUGUGGAUUCCUGUGCCCCUGCCACAUGUCAUCCCGGCUACCAGGUCGGGGACACUCCCUGCCCUUGA